UAGCGUUCAAUACUCCUGCUACAAGUAGAUCACAACUUCACUUGGAGCAGUGCAGGACUCAUACCGUUUAGGAUCAUCAUUCUCGUUCUCGGGCAUCGUUAAUUUAGGAGGAAGGUACGACAGGAGACCAAGAUGGCACUACCAGACCCACUUUAUCUAGAAUACCGCAUCGUUCUUCCUUACGUUUCUCUUGAUGAGAUCCAAAUCGGGCUACUGUACACUUUAUGUAAGACCUCCCUCGCGGAGACGGGCGGUGGCGAAGGGGUAGAGAUUGUAACGAAUGAGCCAGGGACAUCCGAUACUGGAGAAGAAUGCCAAUAUUACCACAAGAUACUUCACUUGGCAUCAAAAGUUCCUUCGUUUAUAAGGCUUCUCGCCCCGAAAGGCGCUUUGGAAGUACACAGCAAAGCAUGGAACUACCAUCCGAAAAUCCACACAGAAUAUUCAAAUCCAGAUUACAUGAAAGAUGCAUUUCUCGUUGACGUUCAGACAAUAUUCAAGGACAAUGACAAAGCAACUGAGGAAAACGUGUUCGACCUCGAUGACGAGAAAAAGGCGAAGAGAGAGACAAUUGAACUCGACAUCGUAAAUGAUCGCGUGUCUCCAUCGGAUUACUCAGAAGAUACGGACCCGACUAAGGUCCGACUGGAAAAAAUUAGUCGUGGACCUCUGACCGCUGACUGGAAGGACACCGAAACAAAGUUUCUGACGGUGUACAUGUUCGUGGAGAUUAAAUUCAAAUGGUGGGGGCUGCAAACAAAGGUUCAGAGUGUUAUCCACAGGGCUCUUACUCGAUUUUAUGGGAACUUCUACCGGACCCUCAUUUGCAGUCUGGACGAGUGGUAUGGGAUGACUAUGGAGAAUAUCAGAGAGCUUGAAGAAAAAACCAAAAGGGAUCUAAAUGAGGCUCGAUGUUCUGGUGAAGUCCGUGGGAUGAUGGUUAAAUAAUUACGAUGGAUGUCUUCCCUUUUUCUUCCCGAUUUGCUGUACUGCUUCCCAACACAUCACUAUUUUCCCCCUAAUGAUGUUACUUUUAAAUACUAUGGUUAGAUUUAGAUUCAAUUUGUUGUUUUUCUGUUGGUGCUGCUGUUUAUUUGUAUGUUUUAGGUUUGGGGAUUUUCUUUUUUGCG